AUGUCUCCAUGUGCCACAGGUCACAGUGGCGUCAACCAGCUCGGCGGGGUGUUUGUGAACGGCAGACCGUUACCGGAGUCCACCAGACAGAAGAUCGUCGAACUCGCUCACAGCGGAGCGCGACCCUGCGACAUCUCCAGGAUUCUGCAGACCCAUGAUGAUGCAAAAGUCCAACUGGACAAUAAGAACGUGUCCAAUGGGUGUGUGAGCAAGAUUUUGGGGAGAUAUUAUGAGACCGGCUCCAUCCGACCACGAGCCAUCGGAGGCAGCAAACCGAGGGUAGCGACGCCUGAAGUGGUCAGCAAAAUAGCACAGUACAAGAGGGAGUGUCCCUCGAUCUUUGCCUGGGAAAUUCGGGACAGGCUGCUGUCUGACGGGGCGUGCACCAACGAUAACAUACCGAGCGUGUCGUCGAUAAAUCGAGUCCUACGCAACCUGGCUAGCGAAAAGCAACAGAUGGGUGCAGAUGGCAUGUACGACAAGCUGAGAAUGCUCAACGGGCAGACCGGCACAUGGGGGACUCGCCCGGGAUGGUACCCUGGUAUGUCCGUGCCAGGACAACCAAAUCAAGAUGGUUGCCAGCAACAGGACAACGGAGGCGAGAACACUAACUCCAUUAGUUCAAACGGUGAGGAUUCAGAUGAGACUCAAAUGCGCCUGCAAUUGAAAAGAAAACUGCAAAGAAACAGAACGUCGUUCACUCAGGAGCAGAUCGAAGCCCUGGAAAAAGAGUUUGAAAGAACCCACUAUCCAGAUGUUUUCGCAAGAGAGCGACUUGCAGCAAAAAUCGACCUUCCAGAAGCUAGAAUACAGGUAUGGUUCUCAAACAGAAGAGCGAAAUGGAGGAGGGAAGAGAAGCUGAGGAACCAGCGACGACAAGCCAGCAACUCCUCCAGUCACAUUCCCAUCAGCAGCAGUUUCAACACAAGCGUCUACCAGGCAAUCCCACAACCCACCACUCCUGUGUCCUUCACAACAGGGUCAAUGCUAGGCCGAUCAGACACGGCUCUGACCAACAUGUACACAGGUUUGCCUCCGAUGCCCAGCUUCACAAUGGCUAACAACCUGUCUAUGCAACCAAGCCAGACAUCUUCCUAUUCCUGCAUGCUGCCCACCAGUCCGUCCAUGAAUGGGCGAAGCUACGACACAUACACACCCCCUCAUAUGCAGGCACACAUGAACAGCCAAACAAUGGCAACUUCUGGUACCACCUCAACAGGACUCAUCUCCCCUGGAGUAUCUGUCCCUGUCCAAGUUCCCGGAACUGAGCCAGACAUGUCUCAGUACUGGUCAAGAUUACAGUAAAGAAAAGAGUUACUUCGCCCUUUGACCUUUCCACACAGAGACUAAGAGAGAACCUGGACCUCUGCAGCAGUAUUUCCACAAACACACAGACACACACAAACAAAUACCAGGACGAGGAAGCGUGUGGACUCUUGUCACGGUCUGGAAACUUUGCGGCACUACCUUUAAGAGGAAAACCAGACGCUAGAGAGACUUUAAAGGAACAAAAACAACAAACCUCCGCUACAUCCACAUUUUCGGUCUCCAUUUUUUGUUGUAUUUGUACAUUGGCAUUAAUAAGAAAAGAUGAAAAGACAAUUCAACAGCCAAAACUAUGUUGGUGUCGCAUCCAUUUGAAAUGGCGGAGCACGAUAUAUUGUGACUGUUUUCUAAUAUCAGGAUUACGGAUCGGACUUCAUACAGGCCCAUAUCAAAGAAGUGAAGCAGAAACACACCAACAGGAAAAUCAACCCACAACGACUUCAAUUAACAACACUAUUUUAUCUACAAAAGGAACAACAGCCAUUAUGUAAAUGACUGAGUACUUUAUAAUUAUAUAUGAGGGUUUGGAGAUGGGUAGACUGAUUCUGAGGCUGUUUGUGCUUGAUCAUUUAUAAUUGUGACGUCAAGAGGAAUGGGAAGUUAUAAUACGGCAGACUUUGCCAUCAAAAUAACAUUCAUCCAUUUUGCUACCGUCCAAUUGUACGUAUUUGAUUCCCCUAGAAAUUUCCUCCUGGAAUUAUGGCGGAACAUACAUUUAUUCUCACAUUUACUGUCCCCGAGAAAAAAAAAUCUAUAAAUGUUUUAUACAGAUUUUCAUGCAUCGUUAAAAAAAGGAAAAAAAAAAUAAUAAUUCUUUAGGUCAGGUACAAGUUGUCUAUUAGGUAUAGCUGUAUUAUAGUGUCCUACGGUCAAAUAAUUUUGUGAGACUAGAAAUAUUUAAUUCCAAUAAUUAUGAUUAAAAAUGCUUGACAGAGUUAAAAAAAAAAAAAAAACGUAAGUGUUUGGCAGUUGUUUACAAGUACAUAUCAGACUUUAACCAUUGUUGAUUGUAAAAACAGACCAAAGCCUUUGUAUUUCAUCUAUUACACAAUCUUAAUCUUCUCUUUUUUUUUUAUCGUUAGUCUUGUGUUGCUAUACAUUUUGUAAAGGAAAACAGUUGUUUUACAUUCUAGUACACUGGCUUCGCGUAGCCUAUAUAUGGCUGCGGCUUAAUCACGCAGUCCUUUAUUUAUGAUCGACAACCAUUUGUAGUUUUAAAAACAUGUUGACAUCUCUUGAACUCUGCGUUUUUGUUGUGUACCUGAGACACGAACACUUGUAAUGGUUUUUGUGUCAGAGCAAUGCUUUGGAAAACGGAAGGUCUACCCUGUCUUGCAGAUAUUUCAAUUUCACUUUAUUUAAAAGCUUUCUAAAUGUAUUUUGUGAAAACUAUUAAAAACAUUUU